AUGGCGGAGCCCGAUCCUCUCCCACGACGUUCCUCGUCCCUAGCUUCCUCUGGGUCGACCAGGAGCCAAAGGGCUAGAAAAUUGCGCCCUCAGGCGCACAAGCGACAUUCGACUUCCUCAAACAACACGACCGACCUCACGUCCUUCCCUUCGCUUUCCCCGCCAGAUCACACCCCCACUUUGACACGAGGCUUGGCGAAUACGCUGAUGGGGAGCGAGGAUGCAGACAGGCCAAAAGAGACCGGUCGUGGGCGCAAAGCCACUUUAGCAAAGUUGACAACCGGUGUGUCUCAUACAGGCCGGGCAGCGCUGUUUGACGAUUCGGUUCCCACCCACGAUAUCCCUGGAGCUCUUCAUCUGGCGGACGACGCACCCAUAGAGAGAUUGAUCGCAAGUACCGGGGCCGUGAAACUAGUAAGGCAGUAUGCUCGCGAUCUGGCUCAACGGGACGCCGAAAUUUCCGCUUUGAGACAACGUGCCGAUGUCAGAGAGCGAGAAUUGAAACGCAUGCUCCGCGAAGUCUCCGUGUCUAACCAGGAUAUUGAACGCCGCCUGUACCAAUCGGAAAAUACUUUGGACGAUCGCACCUCGGAUGGAGAGAGUAGUCACAGUGGUGAUCAAGGCUCUCAACACUCGUCGGGGCUGAAUGGACUCAUGUCUCAAGCCAUGACAGAUGCGGUGGGCUCUCAGGCCGACGGGGAUACACAUGUAUUACCUGAACAUCUCGCCACCAUUCGGGCGCAACGGUCUGACGGUGAUGCUCGUUCGACUGAUCUGGGCCCUAACCGAAAACGACAAGGAUCUCUUCGCGGCUGGCAAGAGUACUUGUUUGGUUCAACCAACCCGAGCCGCAAGACGAGCCGGGCGAGCAGCAUCAUAAGCGACAUGAAAGAGGUGGAGGAGGAAAAUUCCGAAGGAUUUCGAGUACCAAGUAACCCUUCAAAUCGACGCAAAGGGCUUGAUGAUCAAUUGUUCCAGCCUCCCAGUGGGCUUCCAGUGAGCGAAGCGACCGGGAAGCGACUCGCUGCAACCAAUGGUGACGAUGCAAGCAUUCAUUCGCGCAAGUCUUCACGGUCGCUUGGAUCAUGGACUGUUAAGUUGUUUGCCGGGAAUUCGCAAGCAAAAGACAACAGCGACACUGAGAGCAUUCGGAGCAAGCCUGCAGUCGAUCAGAACGUUCCCUCUGGAAACUCCAAGGGAGGGAUGACUGCAGUUGCUGCGCUGAAGCGGAUCAACAGCAAUACCAAUGUUCCAUCAUUAAGAUCUAACGGGGCGAACUCCACUACCAAGAUGAACCCUUCAAAUCGAAGAAGCGUCGCGGCGGGAAGUGUGUCACAGGGUGCAACAUCCGAUGGCGCAGGGAGCUCGACUAAUCUUGGCCCCGUCGAAAUGGAUGCUAUUCUACCCAUGGAAUCGCGCCCUCCUACUCUGGCACCUAUCUAUAAUAAAUCCCAGUCUGGCGAGUUUCUUACCGACAGAUUUGGGUUUAUUUAUGACCAGCGCCGAAAGCGACGUCAAAGAGAGGCUACCACGGCAAAGCCCACCAAGCCUACCUUGAGUAUUGCGGAGACACUCGGAAACCUUCGUAGUGAUUCAUCAGAUGAGGAUGAUGAUCUCGGCACUCGAAAACCCGAAUCGAUCAAAACUCCAACCUCUCCUACUUUCUCGCCUGAUGACCCUGAAGGCGGAUCAGUUGGACUGCGUCGCUGGCAGGACUACUUGAAAAUUCCAUCUCGCCCGACAGAACUGCUUUCUCAUACGCCUUCAACAGCCCCGAUUGUAUCUCUGACGGACGCAGCAGAAAGUCGCCCGCACAGUUCUUCCGUCUCGACGGAUAAAGGCUUGUCGGUCAACCCCAGUCCCCAGCCUUCCGCAACUACCUCGGCCGUCACUGCCGAUCGUCCCGAAUUUGCUGGAACCGGUUCCAAUGACCCUGUCUCCAUAAGCAGGGCCGGUACCGCCGAAAUAGAGCCUGUCAAAUUACUAUUGGAGCAACUCACUGAUCUCCACGAUGCAUUACAACGAGAUCGUACUGUGCGGUGGAAUGAAUUUCUCCGCAAAGUCCGUGCCGAGCGCCGAAAGGAAGGCGAAGCUGCAGCUGCAGCGUCUUCUGACCGAGCCGUCACUACAGUAGACACACCAGAGGCAACUCUCACUGAUGGCGAAGUGGUUGGAAUUGCAGGACUGGGAAACAAGGGCAAAGUAGGCCGUGCUAAGUGGCGCGAAUUCCGCACGCUUGUUCUUGGCGGUAUUCCCGUUGCUCUGAGGGCCAAGGUGUGGUCCGAGUGCAGCGGGGCCUCCGCUAUGCGCAUUCCAGGAUACUACGAUGAUCUUGUCCGCGGGGUUGGAGGGACCGAGCCAGACUCUACCGUCGUGGCGCAAAUUGACAUGGAUAUUCGGCGUACUCUGACCGACAAUGUCUUCUUCCGCAAAGGGCCUGGCGUUGCGAAACUCAAGGAGGUGCUCUUGGCAUACUCACGCCGCAAUGCGGAGGUCGGAUACUGCCAGGGUAUGAACCUUAUCGCCGCGUCCCUUUUGCUCAUCAUGCCUACCGCUGAAGAUGCAUUCUGGAUAUUGGUAUCGAUGAUUGAGAUCAUUCUCCCUCAGCAUUACUAUGACCACGGUCUAUUAGCGUCUCGCGCCGAUCAAGUCGUGCUACGGCAGUACAUCUCGGAGCUAUUGCCGAAGCUUUCGGCGCACCUAGAGAACCUGGGCAUCGAAUUAGAAGCACUAACUUUCCAAUGGUUCUUGUCUGUCUUCACCGACUGUCUCUCCGCAGAAGCUCUGUACCGUGUCUGGGAUGUGGUUCUCUGUCUCAAUGUGACGAGCUCCAUCACGCCUAACGGUGUCAAGGAUGGAAGCGACAAAGCUACCCCGACACCUGAAGACCUUGCCUCCGGCAGCGGAGGUGGUAGUACGUUCUUGUUCCAGGUGGCCCUGGCCCUGCUUAAGCUCAAUGAGCCACAACUACUCACCACUUGCUCGACACCUGCUGCCCUAUACACCUACAUCAAUCACCAAAUGACCAAUCAUGCCAUCAGCAUCGAUGGACUGAUCCAUGCCAGUGAGGCACUACGCAACAUGGUACGACGAGAAGAUGUCCUUUCUCGCCGCGCCGUAGCUCUCCGCGAGAUGCGUGAGUUCGGUAGCCAUUGA